GCGAAGUAAAGAGGGAGUGCUGAAUGUUGCAAUAGAGUAUCGUCACUUUACCGCCAGACAGCAGCAUCAUCUUGAUGAUGUAGCCGAACAACAACAGCAAACUCGCCAAUUUUGAUUUGGGACCAACGUGGCUCAAUUCAGAGCUCACUGUGUGCUGGCUUUGUCCGGGACGUUAGCGCUGCCACACGACACUUCGGAUGAGUCUUGGAUAGUGCUCAGAGGAAUAUAGCCUAGAGUUCAUCACCGUUUUUGUAAUGCUUUUAUUUUACAACUAAUAUUACCAUCAGAAGCGUUGCUGAUCUUUACCGUGCCAAUUAUUUAGCUAAUGGGUCGUUUUAGUGGAUGUUCCCUCAUGAUAUCAGUGAGAAGAUGACUGCAUUUACUUUGCUCUGCUCGGUCGUGUGAUUGCAGUGGGAUAGCGGACGCUCACAUUCAACGCUGGACUGAGAUAGCAUAGUUGUUCUAAUCAAAUAUAAAGAUUGUUUAGUUUUUUUAUCAGUCUCGUGCUUAUCUUUGAUGACAAUUGCCUAGCGCUGGCAUAAGUUUGAGUUGCCAUAGACCGCCAAAAGACAUAGAACCUAAACGUCGUUUCAACUUCUAGUCGUUUUUUUGACAACAGUCUUGACGGAGGAAGAAUAUGUUGAUGAAGGAAUAUAGAAUAUGUAUGCCGCUCACUGUGGAAGAGUACAGGAUUGGCCAGCUGUAUAUGAUCAGCAAGCACAGCCAUGAGCAGAGUGAGCGUGGAGAAGGAGUGGAGGUGGUGCAGAACGAACCCUACGAGGACCCCACACAUGGACAGGGACAGUUCACAGAAAAACGGGUCUACCUCAACAAUAAGCUCCCUAGCUGGGCCAGGGCUGUGGUCCCUAAAAUCUUCUAUGUGACAGAGAAGGCCUGGAACUACUACCCCUACACCAUCACAGAGUACACUUGCUCCUUUCUGCCAAAGUUCUCCAUUCACAUAGAGACCAAGUAUGAGGACAACAAAGGCAGCAAUGACAAUAUCUUUGACAGCGAGCCCAAAGGGGAGGAGGAGAUAGAGGUGUGCUUAGUGGAUAUCGCCUACGACGAGAUCCCAGAGCGCUACUACAAGGAGUCUGAGGACUUGCGGUACUUUAAAUCAGAGAAGACAGACCGGGGUGUUCUGCAGGAGGGCUGGAUCGACAACCAGGAACCCAUCAUGUGCUCCUACAAACUGGUGACAGUCAAGUUCGAGGUGUGGGGUCUUCAGACACGGGUGGAGCAGUUUGUACACAAGGUUAUCCGUGACGUCCUGCUCCUAGGACACAGACAAGCCUUUGCCUGGGUGGAUGAGUGGAUUGAAAUGACCAUGGACGAGGUGAGAGAGUACGAGCGGGCCACCCAGGAGGCCACCAACCGUAAGAUCGGCCCCUUCCCCCCAUCCAUCUCCAUCACCGAGACCCCCUUGGCCUCAGUGGCCCGCAACGGGCCCUCCAGCGCCCCCUCCACCCUCUCCACGGAGCCUCCAGAGUACCUCUCCGUGCCCAAGGACCGACCCAGGAAGAAGUCAGCCCCAGAGACCUUGACCCUCCCCGACCCCAAUCGCAGGGACUCAGGCUUCAGGCUGGCUAGCAUCUUCUCCUGGGGCUCAACCCCUAGCCCCCAGCCUGAAUGAGAGGGGGACCCAUAGGUGUGGUAUACACCUAUCUACAUUCAGGGAGUGGCCAUUUUGUCCCCUAGACAACUUAUGUAAAAGGGAGUGUUGUUCACAGACCUCCUGUAACUUGGUGGUGUGGUAAACGCCUCUCCACAGACAGUUGCUGGUAUCACCCUGAAGCCAGCUACUGUCACCAACUAACCGUGUCUUGGUCUGCUUUUGCAGAGAGAGAGUCAGUCUGAUCACCACGCAACACUUGGAGAGGAGUCUCAAGGCACACACCAAAUACAUGUACGCGCAAACACACACUCACGCACAUACACACACACACACACACACACUGAGUGUCUUUUAAAAACCUCUUGAACCUCUCCAUUGGUCCCAUCAAAACACAGCAACCAGCACCAUCUACCAGCCAGAAAGCUCAUGUGGAGGUCAAUUAUAGUCUGAUUUAAUUUAGUUCACAUUCCUCUGAAUACUUUGCUUCUCUUCAGUGUCUCAGUCCUCUUUCAUCUCAGUUGAUACUGUAUCUCAGGGUUUGUUACCUAGAUACACAGAGAUCUGAUAAAUAGACUCUUCAAUCAGCACACUCAAUCUUUCUUCAUAUGGAUAUAAAUGUGUGGGAUGAUCAAACUCAUUUCCUCCUCUCUCCUUGCAGUCAAGCCCUCUUAUUGGUUGGAAAUUGACGCCAUGUAAUUUCAGAUGUAAUUGUGUGUUGGUUGUUAUUCAUGGUUUGUUGUAGGUCGCUGUGUAAAACGGUGGAUUUCAGGAGAGUGUUAUUUUAUCCUGUGUUUUGUAAAUAUGUAUAUUUAAGAGUUACCUAUAGUAAAAAUGCUGAACUCAUUGAUGUCUUUCAAUGCUAUGGAAUUGCUGUAAUCUCUGCAUUGGAGAGAGAGAAAGAGGUCUGUGUAGAGCUCUAAGGUGGAGGCGUUCUCUUUCUGAAUCUGAAUUCUGUUGGUAUGGUUUUGUUGGCCAUGGUGCCCUUUAAAAGACAUAUAGAAAAAUGCAUGGUCUGAAUAUCCAGCUUUUCUUUUAAACUGGGGAGAAAAUGUACCUUUGAAAUGUCUGUCUUCUAUACUGUAGGGGGCUUGUCCUUUGCUUGUUACAUACUACGACAGGACAAAACAUCUGAUCAAUGUUGGGAUUUGGCUUUUAGGGAUGAUUUAAGUCAUGAAUUUGCAAUCAUGUUGUUGUUGUGUUUUAUAGCAAAUCAAUAAAUGACAUAUUGCUCAAA